UUGGAUGAAGCCUGAGGGUGCUGCUGACCGAUGCUUGGAUUGUGCUGUGGAGAAGUGUUGCCCGUACUCUGCUAAGAAACUUUAUCUGGAAGGUGUCAAGAAUGGCAAGAAAGGAUGGCCCAUCUCUGUGAUCUGUGAAGGGUCUACUGUUGACAUUGAAUCAGUUACAAAGGCACUUCGUGAAGGUCCGUAUGGAAGGUGUGUUUACGAAUGUGAUAAUGAUGUUGUCACCCAUCAGGUUGUGAAUAUGGAGUUUGAGGAAGGAGUGACAGCAGCUUUUGCUAUGGUGGCUUUUACUGAAAAGCUGGCUUCUCGGAAGAUAACAAUUUACGGAACUCAGGAAGUAACCAUUUUUAAAACAAAAGAAUUAACACCUGUUUAAAAAUAGCGCACAAGAAUGUGGUUGAAUAUUGAU